AUGAUGCCACACACGAGCUCCUUGAAAACCCUCCAGAUUGCGGCGGAGAUGCUCAAGACGACAUCACAGUUCGGGCCGGGAAAUCCGAUGUGGUUGCCGUCACGCUCGUACUCCAGUUGGUCGACUAGCUCGAGCGGAUUCUCGACGAGCUGUGUAACAGAGUACUGUGGAAGAGGGCGCCUGCUGGAAAUAACUUACCGUAAUCUGAUCUUUAGGAACUUCGUGCUCCUCGAGGAUCGCAAUGAACUCAUUGAGAUCCAUUGUCUGAUGGAUGUUCUUGUUGCUUCCACUACCUCCUUUGUACUUGUUCAGGCGCUCUAA